AUGUCGAACGACAUACCCUCAUCUCGAUCCUCGGCCACGAGCUCACGCUCAUGUAAGGCCCUCAGAAACCGAGUCAAAUGUCAGCAGAUUGAACACGACGGCGCGGUUGACGAUGACGAUAACACGGAAGAAGGACCCCCGCGGCCCCUCCCCAAGAGUGACUACAAGUCCAUGUACAAAUGGUGGAAUGACGAAUACCGCCUGGCUGCGGUCUGCGCCGUCGGGGCCAUCGUCCUCGGCAUCAUCUUCAAGCACUACGACCGGCAGCCAAUCCCCCAACUGAUGAAUGGCGACCUCGACUUCGAUGUCAUCAUUGUAGCCAUGUUCACUUGCGUCCGCGUAGCCAUGAGCGGAAUUGUCGAGACCUCCAUUAGCCAAUCUGCCUGGAUCUGGGUAUCUGAGGCCCGGCAACGUCGCACCAAUGACAGUCGAGCCAGGUUGGAAGACUUCAAGAUAUACGACGAGGCUUCGCGCGGGCUUUGGGGCAGCUUGUAUCUCUUGUGGCGACUGAGAGGAAGACAUCUUGCUUGUAUUGGCGCCUUGAUUGUCAUUCUUGUCCACGGACUCGAGGCAUCCUCCCAGCAGCUCUACCGAUACGAGGGCCAGCCACGACAAAUACCGGCUCUCAAUGUGUCCACCAAAGCAGCCGUAUACAGCGGUAUCCUAUCCGUGGAUGUCAAGAACCUGGAUCUCGAAUGCUCCGGUGUGAACUGCACGUGGCCCAUCGUGCCAACGCUGGCAGUUUGCGGCGAGUGCAACCCCCUAGACAUAAGGACUAUAUGUACCGACAAAUCGCAAACAUGCCGGUACAGCUUGCCCAGAGGCACAUCAGUGGAAAUCAGCCGAAAUGCACCGACCACGGAGCGAUUCAAGACAUCAGCCUCGGAGGGCAUCAUGCACCGAAUGAACUCGACGACGCAAACAUAUAUAUCCGUCUUCGACGUCCUGUGGGUCAUGAAAAGCAAGCGAGAGACGAAAAGUAUUGCUCAGGAAUGCGCCUUGUGGUUCUGCAUGAAGAGCUUUAACUUUACGAUCACCGAAAGCCAGCUUAAGCAAAAGCUUACCAUGAGCUGGAACACAACGCGGUUUGAAUUGGGCAACAGCGCGCACGGCGACGAGUACGUCUUCGUCGAUAUCCCAGCAAAAGACAUGAACGUUGCGCCAGAGUCCAGGUACAGUAUUUCCAAAAAAGCGCUGGCUGCAUUGCGGAGGUUCGUCGACCCGCUUGUCGAAACCACGUACGAGAAACAAUACACGAUCAUCAACUUUUCGUCAGAUUGGGCCGAAGGGAUCUACAACGCGAGAGAAAAACUACCGGAAUGGAUUGGCCGAUUUAGCAUCAGUCUGACGAAUGAGGUGCGACUCCACGGCGACAUUCGGGACAAGGACCGGCAUCGAUAUACCGGACGAGCGUAUGAGAUGGUGCAGGUCAUUAUGGUAGACUGGCUGUGGAUGCUGUUCCCAACAGGCCUAAUCAUUAUCAGCAUCUACUACCUCUUGCAUACUAUCAUCAGAGGCGCUCGCGACGGCAUAUCGGUGUGGAAAAGCGACUCGUUGCCGAUGCUCUUCUGUCGGAUUGAUGCCUCGAUUCUCGCAAAGGUCGGCGAUGGUAUGGAUGUGCCCAACGGACUGGAUGUAGCUGUCGGUAAUGUCAAUGUAUGUUUAUUGAGGGAAGAUGAUGGCGACUGGGUGUUCAAGCCAAUCGAGAGCGAGGAGUCGUCUUCUUCGUCGUCGUCGUCCGAAUUUGAUUCUGACUGA